AUGGCUUUUCCGGCGGCCGGCGAUUUGGCGACCUUAGAGCAUAGGAUUGAUGAGAUGACCAAAUUCCUAGGGGAAGGCGGCGGACGUCGUCGGUUUCUUACUAGCGUGAACUAUCUUCGCCAAUUUCUCUCCGCCCUUGAUGUUGAAUGGACUAUCGUCUUCCACGGAAAGGAAUCCCUCACUUCGGCGAUCGAUACAUUGCGAUUUAAAAGAGUUAAGGGGUCUAGGCACUUGGAAUUUAGACAUGAGAAAUAUUUUGUUAGAGGUCAACCUGAGCUUAUGGAGAAGUUGCAGCUCGAGGCUGUUGGGAAGAUCAAGAAGAAAGCUAAAGCAAAGAAAAUUCAAGGAGAGGAAGCCGCGGAUCGCUUUCAAGGUUUACGAAUUUGA